AUGUCUGCUCCCUCGGGCAACCUGUCUGAUGCCGCUGGCAGAGCGAUGCUCAUGGAGCGUCUUCAGCAGCUCACUGUUCAGCACGAGCGAGAGGAGGCUCUCAAGACUGCCGCCUUGGCCGCUCACAAGGCUGGCCAGGCUGGCGGUAGCAAUGAUCGCAAGUCCCCCGGCAUUUCCUCCUCGUCCUCGGAGUAUGUCGAGCGUGGCGGUGGUGCCAAGCUCACGGACGCGUACCUCGCGCGCACCCAGAAUGCCGCGCUUGCGUCUUUCGAGACCGCUGAGAAGUCGGUUCAGUUGAACACUUCCUCUCUCAGAGGCAGUCCCAGUCGCCGCUCCCAGGACGCCGCCAAGGCCCUGCGUCCUACCUCGUCUGCCACUGCUGCUGUUCGCAGCUACCGCUACCCUACCCGCAAGACCACCGAUGAUGAUGCCUUCAACGAGGCCGCGUCUGGCUCGGGCAAGGACCCCAUGGCCCCCUCCUCGUCCUACACUCAGGGACAGGGCGAGGGCCAGGGCGACCUCCAGAACUCGGAGGUCGGUGGUGAUGGCAUGGCUCAGCGCAACGAGGACGUCGUUGGCUCCCCCAACGUCACGGAUUCUCAGGGACACUACCCUACUGGUUCUUGCAUCUUCGUUGCAAACCUCCCGGAGUACAAGGAUGAUGUCACUCUCGAGGCCGCUGUGAUCAGUCAGUUUGACCGCUUCGGUGUUGUCUGCGUCAAGAUUCGUCGCGACGCAAGCGGCAUGCCUUAUGGCUUCAUCCAGUUCAACACUCACGAGGACGCCGAGAACGCUCGCAUCCAGGGUCGUGGAACCUUGAUUCUUGGUCGCCCGUGCCGCACCGAGACUGUUCGCGCCAACCGCACUUACAUCAUCUACCGCCAUAAUGGAGAUGACAUGACGAUCGAGGAGGCCCAGGAGCUAAUGGCUCCCUUCGGCAAGCUUGACGGAACCCUUAUUCUCGACAAGGAGAUUCAGGAGAAGCUGGGACUUCCCGUCACCGUUCGGAUCCAGUUCGCGGUCUUUGAUCCCUCUCAGCAGGUCCUUCGGGCUUUCCGCAUGAACCGCACGUACAAGGUUGAAGGAUUCGACUUCAAGAAGGCAAUGCAGGUCAGAGCUCGCAUGCCUCAUCGUGCUUCCUUGGAGAGCAAGGAGGAGCGUGACGGUCGUUCCAUCUUCAUGGGUGAUCUCCCUCUCGGCUUCACCGAGGACAACAUCCGCAGCCUCAUGGAGGAGAUUGGUGGUGUGGUCGCUGUUGAGACCCAGCAAGUGGAUUAUGAUGACGGAGCUAAGCGAUUUGCUUUUGUUGAGUUCACGAACAUGAGCUACGCCCAGUCGGCUAUCGAGCGCUUCAAUGGCACCACCGUCCAGGGUCAAAUCAUCCGCGUCCAGCGCCGCAUGGACAGACGUAGCUAUGGCACCAGCUCCAACGGCGGCAGCAACCGCAACUUCCAGGGUAGCAGCUAUCAUGGCAGCGUCGCUUCCUCCACUCCUGCUCGUGCUCGUAGACUUCAGCAGCGCAGAAGCAACCUGGCCAUCGAGGCGGGUCCCUCCUCUGUUCGCGGCUCCGAGGCUGCCCAGGGCACCCCUUCCAUGAUGCGCACUGCUUCGCAGGCUCCUGUCAACAACGUUGGCAUGAUGGCUCCCACUAGUUCGGCUCAGCAGAACAUGCAGAACCAGAUGCUCUCUCAGAUGCACAACAGCCAGGGCAUGCAGAUGCAGGCUCAGCAGCCCAUGCACUCUCAGAUGCUCACCCAGUCGCAGCAGAUGCAGCCUGGCCAGAUGCAGCCGAUCCAGCCCGCCAUGCAGUCCCCUAUGCACAUGCAGCCCAUGGCUCAGCAGAUGAACCAGCAGAUCGCUCAGCAGAUGGCCCAGGGUAUGCCCAUGCAGCAGACUCACGUCCAGUACCCCAUGGGUCCCCCUCCCGUCCCUUCCCAGAUCGGCACCCCCAUGCACAACAACAUGGUCUACAACGGCAACGCCUUCUCGGCCGGCACCUACUCUCAGGGUGGUCCCGUCCAGCCCGUCCAGACUCCUGUUGCGCAGCAGUCGCCCAUUGGUUUCUGGGGCUACGGCCAUGGCACUCCGCUCUGGACCCCCUUCGCCCGCGACUUCGCGACUUACUCGUCCCCCGGUCAUCAGGUCCAGUUUUCCCCCGGCGGCGGUCUCAUCCAGUCUGAGCCUGUCGUCACCGAGGCCAACCAGGCCUACGGUUCCAACGGCUCCAACGGUUCCAACGGUUCCAACUAG